ACCUCUCCAUCGUGUGACCGUGGAGCACUGUGAGAUGCGAGGGGGCGAGAUGCAGUACUAGAUAUAUCUACUCGCCUCCCGCCGGACGAGACACAGUCACAGACACCCUGGCCAGGAUUAACCUAGAACAUGAUGUUGGCUUUCGUUGCAUUCACAGUGCUGCUGGGUCUCGUACUGGGGGCAGGCUCGGACCAAGAGGCAGAGUCGGUCGCUGGUAGAGUGAGAGAUGCACUACAUUCUGUCGCCGCUUCCAUUAGCUCUGCAGAUGUCUUGAAACGCGCCCCCCAUUGGGACAUGUCGAGGGACCCGGAUUUUGAGAGUGAGGACGUCCCCGGUGAUGACUGGGACAACGGAGGCUGGGGGAACGGUGACGUCAGUCGAGAUGUCAACCCAGACGUCCCUGACAAAGCACAUGGCGAAAAGUCUGAAACAUGGUCUCUUGGCAACGGUGAUAGCAUUGAAAUUAGCCAGUUGGGCGAUGAAGGCAGCGUCAAUGAAGAGUGGUGGGGCGUCUAAUCACGUCACAUACAGAUGACGUUGUUCAAUAACGUCACAUGCUGGCCAGCUUACGCGUUGAAUAAAACAUAUACUCAUUCA